AUGGAGAACCUCCUCAGCCUCGCGUUCGACGGCCUCUCCUCCUACGACGGUCCCAAGAUCCGCAAGGGUCUGCGCCAAGUCGAGGGUCUCCUCGCCCAAAUCUGCCUCUCAGCACCGGCCAAAUCGAGGUCACCCACAACAGACGACGAUGCGUCCCAUAACAGCGGAAAGUCUCUAGCAGACUUGUCAGAUGACCCGGCCUUCCGCGAAUUCUUCAAGCUGCAAGAAGGAUUCGAGUGGAACGUUGCCUUGCGCCUUAUCAACACUCUUGACCGCCUGAUGGGCAAGGGCACCGAUGGACAGAAUGACCUCCUCAUUCUCAGCUCGCUGGAUCUGAUCCAGGGCGUCUUAUUACUACAUCCGCCCAGCAAAGCCCUCUUCUCACGAGAGCAGAACAUGAACCUCCUCCUCGACCUCCUCGAACCCGUAAACUGUCCCGCGAUCCAGUCCGCCACCCUCCUGACCCUCGUCACCGCCCUCAUUGACACCCCGACAAACACUCGAACCUUUGAAGCCCUCGACGGCCUCCUCACCGUCACCUCCCUCUUCAAAUCCCGCUCCACCGCUCGCGAGGUCAAGCUCAAGCUCGUCGAGUUCCUCUACUUUUACCUCAUGCCCGAGGUUCCCUCCAUCCCCCGCGCCGACGUCCGCUCCUCUGUCCCAGCCAUCCACCAGCGCAGCCCAAGCAAGCUCGCCGGCGCCUUUGGCAGCGCAGCUUCCACGCCCGCCUCCACCGAAUCAGGCCGGAGCCGCGCCGGUAGCGAAUCCGCCGACACCAUGACGACCGAGGAGAAGCAGGAGCUGCUGGGCCGCCACCUGAGCAAUGUCGAGGAUCUCGUUAGGGACCUGCGGACGUGCACGCCCUUUGGCGGUGUCGUGUGCUAG